UGCACGGGGCGCAGAAGAAGAGCGCGCGACGGCGACAGGACACGCGGUGGCGCAGAUCCGCUCGUGCGACCUCGUGUUGCCGGCUGCCGUCGUACCUACUACUUCUGGAUCCUAAAAUGUGAUGCGUGUGGAUUUUGCAAACUUUUAACAAGAGGAAGUUGGUGAGAUCGGCGCAUCUCCGCAGUCGCGACAGUCCCCGUCUACUACUGCUGGGAUUAUUUAAUUUUAUGCAGCCAGAGAGAGCGGUGGCGAAGACGAAGCAGGCUUAUCAAGGAAGACAGACAGAUACCAGGCAGCAGCUCACGGAAAUCACAAAACGCGUUCUUCUUUUUAUUUAUUUUUUUUAAUCUCACUUCUGUCAUGUACGCUUAACAAGAACGUGCUGAUGGGCCAUCUGGACGCGCACUGCGACUGCUGCAAAUAACCUCUGAGGUCCAGCGCAAACCGCGAGUGGGGGUCCACGCGGACGGGUGCUCGACCCCGCCCCCCAACCCUCACCGUGCCGUGUCCACUGACCCAGGAUCAUGACGGAGAUGCUCGAGAAGGAGAACGAGCCGCAGAAACGGGAGCUCGAGCGCUCGCCGAGCACGGUGUCCGUGCAGCCGGUGUCCAAGCUGCAGCGCCUGAAGCGCUCCCUGUCGUUUAAGUCCGUCAUGCGCAGCAAGAGCGUGGAGAACUUCUUCCAGAGGUCCAACAGCGAUGCCCGGCUCCCUCCGGAUUUCUUUACCGACCCCCCGCCUCCGUCGCCGCCGUUCCUUCCCGGCUCGCCCCUGACCGGCGGUGGCUCUCCUACUCCGUCCCCCUCCCUCAGUCCCAAUCCCUCCCUGUCCUCCCAGUCGCCGUGUCAAAGUUCCUCACCUUCCACGGCAACCAAGCCCCCAGACCAGGCCCGUCCCCUGGCGACGCAUUGCUUCCAGGAGCACGUGUUCCGGCGACCGACCUACUGCCAGCUGUGCAACAACAUGAUUGUCGGGAACUCCAAGCAAGGUCUGCGCUGCAAAGCCUGCAAGGUGGGCGCCCACCUGUGGUGCUCCUCAGAGCUGUCUCAGCAGCCCUGCAACGGGAAGUCCGGAGCAUUCAAAAGGAACUUCAGCUCCCCGCUGCUUUCCAAUGAUCAGCUGCGUGCGGCCAAGGAGACCUCUGCCCCUCAAGCAGAGCCUGGGAAGGGGCGCAUGGACCCCGUGUACGCAACCCUGCGCUAUGGGACCUCGCUGGCCCAGAUGAGCCGCUCGAGCUUCGGCAGCGUGUCCGAGUCGCCUACCUGCAGCUUGGACGAGGGAGGGGAGGAGAAGGAUGAAGGCCAGCCACCCCCAGAGGAUGGGAGUUUCCUGGAGACAGCAGAUAAGAUUGACUCCUCUCCGCCUGAAAAUGAGAAGCUGGAAUCGGAGAAUGGAGUCGGUCCGAAGGCUCCCAAGAUCCACUCCAUCCACACUUACGUAGCCCUCUACAAGUUCCUGCCGCAGGAGCACAAUGACCUGGAGCUGCAUCCUGGCGAUCGAGUGCUGGUCAUUGACGACUCCAACGAAGAAUGGUGGAAGGGGAAGUGUGGAGAUAAGGUGGGCUUCUUCCCUGCAAACUUCGUCCAGAGGGUCCGCCCUGGUGAACGGGUUUGGAGGGUCAUCCAGGGCAACCAUGGCAGCAGAGAGAUGGGCCAAAUGAUCGUGAAAGAGUCCCAGAUCUGUGUGGGGAAAAGUGAGGAAGACAGCAGUGGAUUCCUGAAGGUCAGCAGUGGGAAAAAGAGAGGCUUGGUCCCUUGCGACUCGCUGGAGGAAAUAUGAAAGCCUGUGGUAGUCCGCUCACCUGCAUUGCACCAUUUCCUCCCAUCAUCUGACCCUUACGCUACCUAAAAGUCACGGGACAGCCCUCCGAAACAGUUUAUCUCUCAACAUUCAUCAAGAGAAAAAUUAUAUGAUGCUGAGGAAGGAGGCUGCAGGGACUUCUGAGCAACUAGACCACGGUAUUCCUUCCUCCGAAUGCCACCUGCAGACUUGAGUCAAAAUCCCUACCCAUCGACACCGGACGGAGAACCAAAAGGAACGGCAUCUCUGAGCUAUGCAGACACUUGGAUUUCCAACUUAUGGCUAUACCGUCCUUCUGGAGUCACUGUAUUUGAGCCAGUGGACUAGCUCAUUUGAGUAUCUGCCACAGUGAUGAAGAGAGAGCUGGGAGGCACUAGCUGAGACUACUCACACCCAAGUACAAACCCACAAGAGGGAGAGUCACAUUCGAGGCGCUGAUGGCCGUGCUUUUUCUGUGUGGACGCUUUGUCCUCGGUUACACGUUACCAAGGUGAACCAGAGGGUGGGACACGUCCCCAGAGCGGACAACGUGGCUGGAGAUUGCAUCGGAGGGAUGCUGCUCCGUGUGCAGUCGUCUGUAUUGGAGGAUUUCGUAUGGAACAUUUGAGCUACGGGGCCGUAUCUCAGGUCCACGCCGGUAGAGUAAAGAGUAACAUUCAGGCGUACCAAUGAAAUCGGCUCCUCUUUUUGUCUUUUUGUCCUUUGCGACGCUAUAAGCUGGGUCCCUGGGAGGAGCUAACUCCAGCCAAUUUUAGAUGUGCAGCUCCACUUGCUAUUUCUGUUAAUGGAAUCACUCGCCUCAGUUUCUGCAAGAACGCAGCUUGGACAUUAACACGGGCUCUAAAGGACGCAAAAGUAACGACGAUGCAGGUCAAACAACCUCUGGAUUUUUCCUGGCACCCUAUGCUAGAUUAAUGACGUUCAAAAUUCUACAUACAAGGGUUUAACGGGUCUACCGAACAACUUGCAUAGUUCAGGCAGUUCAACUUAAAGCACAAAUCACUGUCGCUGGUGAUACAAACUGAAAAGGUAACCUGCAGGUGAGUUUUUAUUAUACUAGUAGUAGGCAGUAUGAUGCCAUCCUUAGAUACACAUUCGUACAGCAUGAAAAUGUAUGCAUAUUACACUUGUGAGCCUAACAUGUUGAAAUCCAGUUAUAAAAUUCUCUUUUCAGUCUUUCACUGUUAAAUGACUUAAGGAAAACUGAGGGCAAAUGAGAAGGGCCCGCUCGUAGCCCAAAUGGCAAGCGCGUGAACCGAUACGUGCCGAGACCCGAUUAUGUAGCUCGACAGAAGAAGACGUGACCCGGAUUCCUCAGGGACUGUGGUGCGGGGGUGGUGUUUCGAGUAGAUCCGUUGCUCGUUUUCGUGUCAGUCGACUGGAUAGCUGCAAGGGGUCUCCUGCAAAACAAUUAAGGCUCUAUUCUGGUGUCAGUGCCUUUGAUAGGAAGGUCACAUCCCUCAUUCAUUCAUGUCAUGAAAUAUGCUCCGCAGCCCCUUUUAAACCUUUCGUGAGUCCUUGACAGACUUUUUCUAGUCCACAUAAUGUUCUUACUGGGACUAAGUGAAGGCAACUGACUCUUGUGAGAUACAGAAGCAGCUCAGAACCAUAGUGUCUGUAGUUUGUUUGUGAAGACUCCUUCUGCCGUACUUAGCGGAACGCUUUCACGCCCGGUGGGUACAUUAUCUCGUAUUAUUCACGACAGUUAUAAUGAGUUAUUUAGUGAUAUGGCUACCUUCACGUGAAGUGACUGCCGUCAAAAGUUGAGACUUUUUACAACAGUUUUUAUAGCUGGUUGUCUACUGAAGCAUUUUAAGUAAAGGAACUUAUACAUGUACUUCUGGGAUUUAAACUGAAAACCUUUCCUAAAGUCCAGAAAACCACCGCUCGUUGGCUGAGUAGGUAAUAAUGCAUUUUAAGACGCAGCGAACGGCGAUGGUCACGGGAAGAAUGUGACGUAUGUAGUGAAUAAAAGCGAUCUUUAUAUCUUAUAUUUUUAGAUAUAAGAAAGAAUAUGUACAUUUUGGAAGCUCUCACAAAUGCAUUUCCCAGCUGUGAAGGGGACAGUAUUUCACAUCUGAUCUUUUUUCUUUGUACAGAUGGCACAUGUCCAUAGAGACACUUGGUAGGAAAACAGCAGUUAGGUACUGUUUCAAGUUCUUUUUUUUGUAAUCUCUGAGGAUGUUUAUUUACUCAGCUGUCGAAGCAAGCCAUUUUACACUCGGCAAUAAUGAACUUCUGCACCCUGUUCUGUAAGAUAAUAUGCAUCCGUGUAAAUAUACACAAAGAAGCCAUUAGUUUUUUGCUGUUGUGUGUUGUUGUGAAGCAUCCACUGGGAAAAUGCAGAAUGUAAUGAUUACUGAUUUAAUUAAUGAUGCUCUGAUGGGGUCAUGCAGCAGCAUCUAGCGUCAUUAGCAAAGCAAGUUGGUUGUGAUAGACCUGUGCACCUUAACGGGCCACAUUCUUGCUGGUUUCGGAGUAAAUUAUUGUACGUAGGCUUUAGUUGCCACUGUGCUGUCUGGGCGAAGAGCCACUGAAACGUCACUUCAAUAAAA